AUGGUGGCAGCAACGGGGGAGGACGACGUUGACCAGGAUGACGUUGACCGGGAUGAAGUUGACCAGGACGACGUUGACAAGGACGACUUUGACCAGGACGACGUUGACCAGGACGACGUUGACCAGCACGCCAAGUCCUUCUACGAAAUCUAUGACGACCACGGGGACACACAGGACUGCCCGCACGAGCUCCGCAGGUUCAUCAGAAAGGAACACAUGGACGUGAAGAUAAAAAUCAAAUGCUCCAGCCCGAGGAACCUCAGCAAGCGAGAUGUACAGAACGUCAUCGGGGAGAUGUUCCAGGGGGGUGAAUCGGCUGGUGAAGCGGUUGGUGAAGCGACUGGUGAAGUGACUGGUGAAGCGGCCGACUCGGGGGGUGAAACGGGCCAAGGCAACGAAGAAAUCUACUACCUCAAUUCGAAUUUCAAAAAAUUCAACUACCCUGAUCGAAACGUAUUGUGGCCCAACCCACUAGUAUACAAUCACCGAUUGCAGCCAUUCAUAAUGGAAAGGAAGAAGGACGAAGAUAGCAACACCUUUGAUAUGAACAAAAAAUAUAUCGAAGUAAAUAAAAGGAGGCUGCAGAAUUUGUGGUGUUACAGCUCCAGUUACGGAGUGGAUUGGAACACGUUGGAUGGUCUUUUUUUAAAUUUCAAAAAUCAGAAAGAGGAACAUUUGAAAAAAUGGGAAGAAAAUAAAAACAGUAUCAUGAUCUACGCAUCAAGAAUCGCCAAAAGGAAGCUAAUUAUGAGUCGAAAAAAAUUGCUAAAUAGUCUGGGCAUCGACUACUCCAGUAACGUUUAUGCCAAUUACGAGGACACGGGAGAGGUGCAAGAAACGUAUAUGGAAAAUGACCAGGAGGUCGAAUAUAAUUUAUUGUUUCCUCGAUCUAUAUUCCGCAACCUGUACUUUUACUGGAAGGACCGGUACAUGCACUACUACGAAGACACUCUGUGCGAUUAUCUGAAGGGAGAAGUGGUAGAUUUGCAACUGCUACGAGAGCAGAAUGAGCGGAAUCUGCAUUUGUCUGGGAAGAAAAUGAUGAGAGAGCACUCGUUCAGCUUAAGGCCAGUCAAGGGGUCCAAUUUGUACGUUACGAGAUAUGUGCCAAAGGGGAGGCGACGGGCUAGAACCAAUGCCGAUCAAUUUGACUUAACAGGGGUUGGAGAAAAUAUAUAUAACACGCCCCAAAAGGAGAAGUAG